UAGUAACUCACAGAAGUACCAAGUGAAGCUGUGUGAGUUGUUACUCUCCCACAAUUCAUUGCGGCCCCGUCACUUGUCGUCUGUUUCCUAGCACAUCUUUUCAUUUUAAGACUCUUUGGCUGUAAACACGUGGAGACUUCAACCGCUAAGCUAAAGAAAUACCAUCUUGUUAGAUCUGGAUCCGAACUGUACACAACAUGACAAGUGAGGAUGUGGAGCGGAUGCUGAUCCAGUUUCAGGAUGAGGAUGGGGAGGUUCUGGGUUCACCUUUCGAUGUGCCUCUCGACAUCACACCCGACAAACUGCAGCUCGUCUGCAAUGCAUUGCUACAAAAGGAGGAGCCUGUGCCUCUGGCAUUUUUUGUGCGUGGAGAAGCAGAGGUGGUGUCCAGUCUGGGAUCCUGUGUCAAGGCUCUGGGAGUGGAGACAGAGCAGGUUCUGCCAGUGGUGUACCAACCUCAGGCUGUGUUCAGGGUUCGGGCCGUGACCCGCUGCACCAGCACGCUGCAGGGACACACAGAGGCCGUCAUCUCCACGGCUUUCAGCCCUACAGGCAAAUAUCUGGCCAGUGGAUCAGGAGACACCACAGUACGCUUUUGGGACCUGACGACUGAGACACCCCAUCACACAUCCAGAGGACACGCCCACUGGGUCCUGAGCAUCGCCUGGUCACCUGAUGGAAAGAAGCUGGCUUCAGGGUGCAAGAACAGUCAGAUCUGUCUUUGGGAUCCAGUGACAGGAACACAGUUAGGGAAGACUUUGACAGGACACACCAAGUGGAUCACUUGGCUCUGUUGGGAACCUCUCCAUCUUAACCCAGAGUGCAGGUACUUAGCCAGCAGCUCUAAGGAUGGCUCUGUGCGGAUCUGGGACACUGUUUUGGGACGCUAUGAUAAGAUCUUGACGGGACACACUCAGUCAGUCACCUGUGUGAAAUGGGGAGGAGAUGGACUUCUCUACACUUCCUCCCAGGACCGAACUGUCAAAGUGUGGAGGCCGAAAGAUGGCGUCCUGUGCAGGACUCUGCAGGGUCAUGCCCACUGGGUGAACACCCUGGCUCUCAGCACUGAUUACGUCCUGCGUACUGGAGCUUUUGAACCUGCUACCGCCACCAUCAACCCCCAGGAUCUCACUGGAUCUUUGGACGAGAUAAAGGAGAAAGCCUUACAGCGAUACAAUAAAGUUAGGGGGUCCGCUCCAGAGCGGUUGGUGUCUGGCUCUGAUGAUUUCACCUUAUUUCUGUGGAAUCCUGCUGAAGACAAAAAGCCCUUAGCCAGGAUGACGGGCCACAGCGCUCUGGUCAACGAAGUGCUCUUCUCCCCCGACACCAGGCUCCUCGCUUCUGCUUCAUUUGAUAAGUCCAUUAAAAUCUGGGACGGACGGACUGGAAAGUACCUGAUGUCCCUGCGUGGCCAUGUGGGAUCUGUGUAUCAGGUGGCGUGGUCAGCGGACAGCAGGCUGCUGGUCAGCGGCAGCAGUGACAGCACACUGAAAGUGUGGGACGUGAAGACUGGGAAGCUGAAUAUGGACCUUCCUGGACACGCUGAUGAGGUUUAUGCUGUUGACUGGAGCCCUGAUGGACAGAGAGUGGCAAGUGGUGGGAAAGACAAAUGUCUUCGAAUAUGGAGAAGAUAGCCAAAUAUGUGCCUUCUUUCAUGGGUUUGUGUAAAGCUUCAGACAGCUGGAGCAAAGGAUGCCAAAAGCGGAUCUAGUCUUCCGUUCAUCUUUAUAGCAUCUGCCACAAGUGGCAUUGUGUUGAGGAACUUCAAUCUCGUUACAGUACAAAUGCUGAGUCUUCUUGUGAAUUGUUAACAAUGCAGGACUGUAAAAAAGCUCACCCAAAUGGAAAUGUGAAGCAUCCAACAAUAAACUUUCACUGAUCUGUACAAAUCAGGUAACAGUUUGCAGAUUAUUUAAAGGGGUUUUAACCAUCACCAUAGAUGGAAAAGCAUUUUCGUAAAUCAUCAAAAAUCGUCUUCAUCUGAGUUCUUGAGAUGUUCUGGAGAUAUUCUCUAGAACAGGUGGUCUGAUGAGGCAACAUGUGGGAGCGUUAAUGCCUCCCUCUGUGAUGUUAAUUCCACUGUUGCUCGCCCUGCUCCUUCAGCUUUUAAUCUCUUCUGCUGUCAGCACGACCUCCUACACAUUUCUAAUCAUCCGGAGAAGUUGCAGCGUCAGGAAUUCCUGUCGCUUCAUUCCACAUUGGAAAACCCGAUUUCCUGUCCAAAACAUGAAUUUAUUCCUAGAUAUUUGUUUUUAACUUGAACCCCGCUAACAUGUAUGAUCCAAUCUCAUUGUACUAUGCUGUGCAUUAUGAUGACAAUAAAGGCAUAUCCGGGUUGUAA